AUGCCAAAUAAUUUUAAAAUUAAUUUUUUCAAUUUAAUUAAUGAAUCCUACAAUUAUGAAUAUUCUAAGGAAUUGGUCAAAGACAAUUUACCUAUAUUUUUAAUUAUAAUUUUAUUUUAUAUUUUAUUAAUUAAUUUCUCUAAAUUAUUUUUAAAAAACAAAAAAAUUAUUUUUAAUAAUUCAAUAAAUAAAAUUUUGGCUUUAUGGAAUUUAUUUUUGGCUGUUUUUAGUUUUAUUGGAUUUUUUAGAUUAACACCAAUAAUGUUUAAUUCGAUAGAGAGAAAUGGAAUAAUAAAGACAUAUACACAAAUUACCGAACUCCAAACAAAUCAAAUUUCUGGUUUUUGGAUAUUUAUUUGGGUUUUGUCUAAAAUACCAGAAUUAUUUGAUACUUUAUUUUUAAUUUUAAAAGGAAGACCUAUUCAAUUUAUGCAUUGGUUUCAUCAUUCAAUGAGUAUUUUAUUUGGAACUAUAAAUUUUAUUGGAGAUAAUGCUUAUUUAGUUUGGGUUGUUUGGAUGAACUUUUUUAUCCAUUCAAUUAUGUAUACGUAA